AUGUGCGAAGGAAUGUUCGGUCUCGAGUGUUGGUUUAUCUCGGCGCCAUUGCGUAACCAACGAGUCGGAUUAGGAACGAGUCAUGAUCUGAGUUGUUGGUUAAAGCAGGGCGAAUUCGGAAAGUCCAUCGGUGGCCUAAAGGGCUUCUGCGUCCUCAACAGCUCGUUUAACGCCUUUGAUCUACUCUACAGACCUUCUGUAGAUUUACAAAACCUGGCUUUGAUACAGAUUGAUCAAGCGUUGAAGAAGUGCAAUCGUCUUGCUCCAUCCUCUCUGAUAGAGACGCUUCCAUUAGAGUUGAUGAGCAGCAUCUAUCUGCACCUUCAGCCAACUGAUCACAUCGCCCUUGGGCUUUGCUCUCGAAGACUAUGGAUCCAAGCGGUGACUACUAUUCACCACUCUCGCCGUUUAUCAUCAUGGGUGGAUACACCGAUGUUCAUUGGGGGUAGUGGACAGUUGCUUGCUCUUCGGCAGGCCAGCCACGACCAGGAACUUGAACUUCAAUCACCUCAAAAGGGAAACCGAGAUGCAGUUCUCGAGGCAAUGAUUCUGCAGAACACUCAACUGUUUGACGUGCUGAAGUAUGCGAGGAUUCAGAAUUUGUUACACGACUAUGCUACCCUGACUUCCUCGGACUUGAAUCCUCCAUACUUUCGAGAACUAGUCCGGCUCUUACCGUCGACUGGUAUUUCGGAAAGUCUUCACCCAUUGAUGGAGUCGUGCUUAUUCCCCGGGGAAUUUGACGACAAAAGGCAGUGGUACCUUCGCGAUUUCACCACUAACGAAUACAUCCGAAUGGAACUUGUUCAAGAUCAUACCAUCUCUGAGCAUGAUACGAUCUCGCUAACUAGAAACCCUUGGAUGACCCUAGAUAUCUUACUGAUAUGGCUUAUUACAUGGCAAGCGGGAUAUGACAAACCAUCAAAAGAAGUCCCUAGAGGGAACCCAAGAGACCAAAUCAAGAAGAUCUUUACCAACGGUGUCAGCGUUACCGCCUCCGAUAUUGCUCAGAUCCGUGCAUAUUUCAUGGACAUGUACUUUGGUCGAUGGGCAGGCCAUUCUUUAGAUGUUGUACAGCUGGUGCAGAGCAAGAUGGAAAGCGGCUGGACUGAUAUAACGGGUGAGAUUCAGGAUGUCUCCCAACACUGGUUUGCUGCGAUAUACCUUGAAGCAUUUCUACUCAAAGAAACGAAAUAUCUUGAGUACUGGGGGCGUUUUGCAAAAGACCAGAUCAACAAGUAUGAUACACAGCCUGGUGUCUGUUGA